CAUUACAAGUGGAAAGGCAGAGAGUUGAAACAGAAGCUUCAGCUGGUUUUAUAAGACCUCUACGGAAUAGAUUGUACACUACAUUCGAUACAUUUCAGGAUAUUGGACGGAGAUCAAUAGAUGAACAGUCACGGGGAAACAUCGGUGUAGAAAACUACACACCUUUCUCUGAGGUUCGAAGAGAGAUAAAUGAAUCAUCAGGAGGUUGUGAUUUCUGGCAGGAUGAGGCCGGUCUAGAUCUGUGCUGCAGGUCACCUGCCAGGCUCAAAAGUCGUAGUGUGUUGCCAUAUUUAGGAUCAGAGAGAUAUGGCAGACGAGGUGUUGCUGGAACACACAACUUUAUCGGUACCAAUUCGUUGAAUCCAUCACCAGAUAGAAAGGUGAAAUCUAAUGAAGUAACGCCUGAAUAUAUCGACUUUGCGCCACAGACAACACACAUUCCAAAUAAAGCGUUUGCUUCAACAACAACUUAUAGACACCAGAAUGUGAACGAUAGAUCAUUUACUGACCUCUUCAAAGAUAAAACAAAUCAGUACAAAGGUACACCUGAUAGACAACUAGAACCUUAUAAACCGUCCCGUAUUCUUGACCUCAAUCAACACAGAAAGUCUGUAAUUGUACACAACAGGAAGGACGCAGAUGUAGUUGCUAUCGAUAAAUCAAAUAAUCUAACUCAACAAAACUCACCGUUAAUUGAGCCUGAACAACAAAACAUCAAUGACAUAAUAUGCGACCGAGUGCGCAACAUGAUUGCGGUCAAUUUAAUAAGUCGACCCGAUAACGAUUCUAAGAAGAAACGAGAGGUAAUAGAUGAUACCAUUUUCUUCGAUUCGCUGAAAAAUACCUGCUCUGAACCUAACGAGCAAAUACCUGUCAAUACUCAAUAUCAAAACGGCCCAAUGCAGGACCCGAACCAUGAUGUUGGUAAUAACAGUAGCAAAAAUGAUGGAGAUGAGGAUUCCGACUCGGAGUACGAAGGCGUCGACGAUGAUGCUCAGGAAAUUCGCAUUGGUGAUCUAACCUUAUUUAACGAGUUCAUAGUGCAGGAAUAUUUCGAAAAAUAUGAAAAUCAAACGCUUCUCAAUGAUGAUGAUGAUGAUGAUGAUGGAAACCUACUAGAAGGAAAAGAGAAUAAAGGUCCAUCUUCACACCAUGCUACCGAAACCGCACUUCAAAAUGUUGACCUCGGAUUUGAUGAAAUUAAUACAAGAAACUCUCCAACAAAAUACCGUAACUAUCGGAAGGCUAUUCAGAACUCACGAAUGAAAGGUUUGGAAUAUACAAGGACUGACGGAGUACUCAUACCUGCCCGAAGCGUUAAAGCUGCAUGCAGCUGCACAAAGUACAAAUGUCACGAGAAGUAUAGCACAGCAAUGCGAGAAAAACUGCUGAUUAAUCUGUUGAAGCUAACGACGUCAGGACAAAACCAAUUUUUAAGUAAUCAUAUAUCAAUCCGGACAACUGCACGGCCGAAGGGUAUAGGAUUUUCAAGGAGAGUGUUCACCAGAUCAUACUUUCUUCCCGCACUCAACGGUCGUAUCCGCGUGUGUAAAGAAAUGUUUAUGAAUACAUUCGAUGUCAAAGAUAAAAAGAUACGCGUGCUAGCUGAUAAAAAAGUUGUUGGUUCGGGCGUCACUGCAGAUGAUUUGCGAUCAAAGAACAAAUCGCAAAAGACACUUCAUGAAAGCGAUUUGAACUAUAUAGAACAACACAUACGCUCAUUUCCAGCCUACACAUCUCACUAUGCUCGUGAAAGAACCGAGAAACUUUAUUUGAGUUCUGAUUUAUCUGUGAAUCGAAUGCACAACUUAUACAAAGUGAAAUGUCGAGAAGACAAUAAACAGCCUGUGCAAUACUGUACUUAUAGGAAAAUCUUCAAAAAAAUGAAUUUAUCGUUCAGAAAAUUAAAAGUAGAUACUUGUUGUAAGUGUGACAAGUUUGCCAUUUCUCUCAAACUUGCCACAGUCGAAAAAAAGGCGGAAAUUGAGGCCUUGCGUGAUAAGCAUCACGAUGAAGCUAAAGAAGCAUAUCUUCAAAAGAGAUGUGAUGUGCAGAAGGCAAAAACAGACUCACGAUAUAGGACUGCGUCAUUCGAUCUUCAAAAGUGUUUACCGACACCUCAUCUGAACACUGGAAUCGCAUUUUACAAGCGUCAAUUAUAUACAUAUAACUUGACCAUAUUUGCCACUUAUCUAUCAGUGAACAACGUUUACUGUUACCUUUGGGAUGAAUCGAAGGCGCGUAGAGGAUCACAGGAAAUAGGAUCUUGUCUCCUACAAGAUCUCCAGGGUUUGAAUAAUAAUGUUGAGGAGAUGGUUUACUAUUCGGACCGCUGUUCGGGUCAGAACCAUAAUGUGAUUAUCUGCAUGCUUUUUCUAUAUUACAUUGAAAGAUGCGUCAGUGCGGGUCGGAAGUUAACAAUUCAACAUAAGUUCAUGAUCUCUGGCCAUAGUCAUAUGGAGGUUGACUCCGCACAUGGUGCCAUCGAACAAGCGAAAAAAAGAUGUGCGAUAAACAUAGAAACCCCAAGAGAUUGGGCUGUUUUCAUUGCUUCUCUCAGUAGAAAAGUACCGUUUACUGUAAUUGAGUUGGAACAAUGUCGUUUUUUGGCACUUAAAGAUUUACAUUCAUUUUAUAAGCGCUCCAAAUCGAACUCUGAUGGAGAACUUGUACGAUUUAAAGAUAUCUCUGUGUUUAAGUACACGACAGAAGAUCCCGGAGUAGUGUACUAUAAGUAUAAACUGGGUGAUACCGAGUUCAGUAAGUUUGUCAUGAACAGAAAUUUUGAAGAUACCGUUGUUCUACCACCACCGAUCGCUAAUGAACCUAUUCCAAUAGCAGAGGAAAAAUUGGAGGAUCUUCGUAAACUAAUGGAAUUCGUAUCAAACAAAACCUAUUACGAAACGUUGUUGAAGCAAAUUAUACCGAAGAAACGUGGCAGGCGUUUAAAAACCGAGCAAUCUUAUCACUUCGAGGCAGAUCUGGACAUCGAGAUUGAAUGUACUGAGGAGUAAAAAAAGCAUUUCUUUGUAUUACUGAUUAUUAUUAUUGAAAUCAAUAAAAUGAUUGGCUGGUCACUGUCGU